UAAGCAUUUACCUUAUAUUUGUUUGGUGUAAAAACAAAUUAAAUGUGUACUACUUGUGCUCUGGUUUACUACACUGUAUUAGUCAACCUAAUAUAAACUUCCUUGACGCUUUAUUUAAGAUGUCGGGACUUUUUGUGUUAAUGACAUUUCUGUUUGAAGUCUUUAUGAAAGUGGAAGGUUGGCAAUAUGUAACACCAGUUGGAACAGUUUUUUCUAGAGUGAACAGUACUGCAAACAUUCAUUUCUCCGCGGAUCUAACGGGUCUUAAUUCACCGAGAACGUUUUUUGUAAAGUUUUAUGAUGGUACUACACAAACAGUGAUACGCUAUAACGCCGAUAAAAGUUACAGCACAGAUGCUUUACCCGGUGUCACUAUAACAUCAGAUACAGCAGGAAAUGUGGUUGUUUCACUGGAAAAUGUUCAACGCAGCAGUGCUGGGACAUACAUAAUGGACAGUCCUGGACUUCUAGUUAGAUGUAACUGUUUGUACUUACUAGAUACUCCAACCAAACCAACACUAUCAGUAAGUAACAGCCCAUCAGUCGGAGGCCGUGUGACUUUAACAUGUAACAGCAGAUCAACAACCACUCCCAGCAACCACAGCCUAAGUCUGGCAUACAAAUGGACAAUUGACAAUGUAGACAAUCCAAGUGGUCCAAAAUACUCGUACUCUGCCAACAGGAACAGACUUACUCUUUCAAAUGUUGAAGAAAAUGACAUCGAUUUACAAUUUACAUGUUCAGCAACAGAAAAUGUUAGUGAUGGAUAUACAUCUAACAACAGUGAAUCACUUUCCUUCCGUACUUUAUACGGACCUAAAAACUUGGAUUUCAGACCCAACGGUACAAGUUAUAUCGGAUAUGAGUACACCAGCCUCUCUGCUGUUACUUGCAAAGCCACGUGUAACCCAUCAUGUAAAUUCAAAUGGACAAAGAUAGGCCAGGUCUCAGCCGUUAGUAAUAUAUCUGUUCUCAAUCUGGAAAUGCUAACAAGGGAAGAAGCUGGAACUUAUAGAUGUACUGCAAUAACACAGGGUGGCUUUUCUUUAGCAAAGGAUCUUACAAUUCAUGUAUCUUCAUUCUUUGUGGAAGGACAUGAAGGGAUGAACAAUGUGACUGUUGAUGAACAUUAUGCUGAUAUGCAAUUUAGCUGCAUUAUCGACCUUAACGUUUCUUCAACUGUAAAAAUACUGUUCAAUGGUAACAUUUUGAAAGAAACUGAAGACCAACACAAAAGGUCUCUGACAUUUAAGCUUCGCACUAUCUCUUGUUUGCAAAGUGGGUUAUAUGCAUGUGAAAGUGGUGACCUUAAUGAGCAGAUAAUAAUGAGCAUCACAUUGAUUGUACGAUGUGCUCCGCGUCCACUACGACAGAUAAAACAAAACAUCACAAGUUCCUUGAACGUUCCAGUCAGACUUAGUUUUACUGCUAUAGCCUACCCAGAACCUGGUCCUGCAGGGUUUGCAUGGCACAAGGAAAACGCUAUGAGAUGGAUGCCGUUACUGAGUAAUGAGGAUUUAGAGAUUUCGUCUUUAGAUUUACAGACAAAUCUCACGAUCCUGAAUGUAUCACGGCAAGAUUUUGGACAGUAUCGAGUUACAGUUACGAAUGACAUCGGACGUUAUGAGCAGUUUAUAUUUCUUAAAGAAGAGGGCUCAUAUGACUUAGAUACAAAGGACUGCCCGAAUAGCACUGUAUUGAUUGUUGGAGUUACCCUGGGUAUCAUUUCAGCCUCCCUUGCAGCUUAUUCAGUUUACCUUACCAUUUGGUUUAAAAAGAACAUGACAAAUAAAGGCGGAUCCGUGUAUCAUCAAACAAGAAAAGAACAGACGUAUGCAAACGAAGUUUUCAUCGAAGACACAAAAGAACCAAAACCAAGAAGAAGUGAUGCUACAGAUUCACAGUAUACAGCUUUAGAUGAUACAUUUAAGGAACAGAAUGUUGCCUACGACAUUCUUCAGACGACAAAAACAUGAAAAAUGACACAAUACAGGCUUUUUUGUGUUCUGCAAAGGCACUGAACACAUGCCAUUAUUUUUUCUACUUAUACUCGUAUAAUUUUACAAGAGUAAUUGUAUAUUUCACAAACCAUGCAUAUUGUCCUUUUUUCGUGUGUAACGAAUAAUUUUAAAGAGUUACAAAUGUAAGCUAGCAUAAAGCUAUUGUUCACUUAAAUUAUGGAAUUUAAAAGAAACAGCUUAAUUUAUCAACUUUCAAAAUGGAUUUAAAUGUCGCAUUUUUAAAUGGGGAAUUAGGAAUACACUGUUACCCAACUAUUCUUAAGCUGUCAAAAUACUUAAACUAUUUUUAUGAAAUUUCUGUACUUGCAUGUGCUUAUUUAGCUUCAAAAUACAUGUCAUGUAUUGGACUUUAAAUUAUACGCUUUCUUUUGUUAUAUGCAUUUGCUGCCGGUGGGUGUACGGUAAAUUAAUUAAUAAUAUCCAUUCAUUAUCAGUAUUUUCUGCUCUGUUGGAGAUAUUGCAAAGGAAGAAAUAGUUACGCCUUCCACUUUUUCACUUCGUCAAAGUAUAGUUUAUUUCAUUGUUUACUUAUCCAAUUUGAUUAUCGCUCAGUAACUUUUUCAUCUUUCCUGCCAAAACGUCAGUUAUAGUUGAUGGUAUAAAAACAUUUCUAUAUGCAUGUGUACGCAAAUCCUUAGAUCAAACAAAAUAACUACUAUCAACAACACAACAAAAACAUGUGCUUACAAAAUAAUGACGUGUUUUAUUUAAGAGCUGACUACUGACGUAACAGUAAACAUAAAUAAAUAACACUUUAUUAAACCAUCUCAUAUGAUCUAAUAAUACUUUCAAUUUUGGUCAAGCUAUUAUUCUUCUUGGUUGCAUUCUUUGCUUACAAAGGAUCUUUUAACAGAUUUUAUUGAUUUGCAACACGCUGUCCUAGACAAGUUAUAUUAUGUUAUGUUUUAUGCAUAUUUAAGUAUUUCAGUAUUAAAAUAUUGGAUCAAUGUUAUUGUUAAUGGCCGGAAUGAAUGCAAAGAAGUAGAAACGUUAUAUGGAGCUGUCUUACUUUUGCAAUCAUUGAUUAAACAUAAUUGAAAUCACUUGAAGAUUUACUUCAUACAUUUAGCUUCAAUUUAGCGUAGUAACGUUACGUAAGUUUGUUCGAUGUUUUGGCUACAUAAACUGAAAAUUUCAAGUUCAUAUAGUCAUUAUCAGAACUAUUUCCAGAAAGAAAGGUAUACUUUAUUUGUCAAGAAUUCAAAUUUCCCAGUAGCAUGGAACUGACCUCCAGUACUCACAAGGAUAACCCACUGAAUUGCCCCGAUAGUCUGACAAAUGGCGAGAAAUCACAAAUGCCUUUCGUCUAGCUUCAUAUUCUUUAAACUGUCCUGAAUUAUCAAGCGUUUAGCCCAAGAUACGUUUUUGAAAUCUAAUAAUAUGUCCAAAGUUAAACCAGCCAUAUUAAAAAGUAAUGUCACAGAAGAAGUUUACCUCAUAUACUAGUUACAUGUUGUUAUCAACGGGGUUGCAAGCAGAAUUCUGAUCAAGAAGCUGCCUAUGUUUCCAAUUUAGUCCUUCAAUCAUUUUCUUUCAAUCAUUUUCUAAACAAUAUAUGGUCAAGACUACCUAUGUUUAAAUGAAAGAUGGGCAUUAAAUAUGAUACAACUUGAAUUGAGUGUCCACCUAAGGGAAUGGAAAAUAAUGGUCACUUAAUACAUAUGGUCUUUUUAAAGAACACACUUUCUUAUCUAACAAUACAUAAAGGAACUUAAAUCAAAGCCCUGAAGGCUAAUGAUUGAUGUACUGGUAGUAUAGUCUUAAUGGCAAGGUUAUAAUAUCAAACAACAGGAAUAAUGAAUACAGGAUGCACAUGAAUGACUGGUUUUGUGGGUAAAAAUAAUAUACUUCCAUGCAACUUAUUUCAAAUAAUUCUUUAUUUUAAAAGAUAUUUUAUUUCUAGAUAUACCUAAGUUGUGUACAAAAAGAAAUUUUAGAGUAUUGAAUAUACAUGUGCUGUCUGAAAUACUCUUUAUAGUUUCCCGUUGGCCGAUUUUCGCCAAGAGUCACAGGUUUUAAUCUUUAAAGAUCUGCAAUUAUUUUGAUUGAAAAAGCCAUUUGCCUGCUUGCUGAAGAUGGAACAGACAAUAUCAAAUGUUCAACAAGUUCUACCAGUUUCAGUUUGUUUUAGGGUUUUUUUUUCCAACUGAACAGAGAUUUUGUUACAAUAAAUAUCAAUGAAAUGGACAUUCAAUCGAUGCCUAGUAAAACUUUGUUUGACAUUAUACAAGUAUUUAAACCCGAUAUAUUCCUCUAAAAUUUAAGAGUGGUUCGCAAAAAUUAAAAAGUUGAAAGUACAAACUACAAUUUGACAGAUGACACUAAGAUACUCUCUAUGACUAUAACUAUAUAUUUUUCGAGUAAACAUUUGCCUCCGGCAUUACCAGAACGGGUAAUUAUCGGCUGGUAUACUCGCACAUGAUAAAAUUUGAAUAUGACAAUUUAUAUAUUGAACUUCUAUAGCGCGGAUUGCCACAUACAUUUUGUAACGGAUGGACGAAAGAACUGUUCAGAUAUUUUGCGCAUUCGAAACUAAGGGAAGUUACUCGGACUAGCUACCAAUUUCGGAAAAGAUAACCGAUAUUAAUAAAUACAGUUCUUAAUUAGUUAAAACUAUCAUUUAUUCUAUUUCAGACCUGUUAACCACUUCAAAACCAUGUCAGUAGUCCCCAAGUCCGUGCACUACACUUUCAAUUAUUUUGAUUCAUGUGGACAGACUAAGCAGAAAAAUGUUUGAGCCAUUUUUAAGUGGUCGGUAGCAGGGUGGGUGUGGGGAGGGGUGUUCCUUCCUACUUGAAUUGCUGUCAGAUUUUGAAAUGGGCAUUAUGGCUGCUGGUAAAAGGGCAAAUGUAUCAAACUGUAAAGUGGCAAUAUGGGGGGAGGGUGUGGGAGGAUACCCCCACCUGCAAGUAAGGUUUGGGGUAUCACCACAAGAAAAUUUUGAAAAUGUAGACCCUUGAUACAGCCUUUGGUGCGUUUUCUAACUGAAAAUUUUAUGUUUCAAUUUCUAAAUAUUACCUAGAUUCUUUUUAGUAUUACAAUAUCCAAAGUAUGAAUGAUUGUCACUUCAUAUUUUUACUUUCAGGUCAUGCCUCAGGACUCUAGAAUAUAAGUCUGAUAUUGAUUCUAUGUAUGUGUUAUAAAAAUAAAUUCUCGAAUCAUU